AUCCACCUGUCAUACAAAUUCAAUUCAGACGUAGCUCCGCAGUUGUCUGUACGAAAAUCGUGUCUCUAUUACUACUCUGAAUCCAAACAAAGGAAACGCAACAGCAAAUCCACGCCACAAUGCCCCGUUCAUACUCAUCCGACCAUGAUGCCGAGUCUGGUUAUGCCAGUGGGAGUUCCAGUGCCAGUCUUCCUGAGGUCUAUUUCUCUCGCCCACACCUCAAGUUCAUCAAUCAGCAACUACAAAACCUCGAACCUCAAGACAUUUUGAAAUGGUGCAUCAUGACUUUGCCUCGUCUCUUCCAAACGACUGCUUUCGGACUUACUGGACUUGCCAUUAACGACAUGGUCUCGAAGCUAGACAGUCCUAUCAAACCCGACAUUGACUUGAUCUACCUGGACACACUUCACGCUUUCAAGGAGACGUACGAUCUCGUACAGACUCUCAAAGAUAGAUAUCCCAGCCUCACUAUUCAUACCUACAAGCCUGAGGGAUGUGACAAUGUGGAAGACUUCAACCGCAAGCACGGCGAGAAACUUUGGGAGACCAAUGAGGAACUUUACGACUAUGUCGCUAAGGUCGAGCCUGCACAGCGUUCUUACGCUGAGCUUGGUGUCGCUGCUGUCAUCACUGGCCGUCGCCGCAGUCAGGGGGGCAAACGUGGAGAUCUCGACAUUGUUGAGCUUGACGACGCAGGCAUGAUCAAGAUCAACCCCCUGGCUAACUGGUCUUUCCAACAAGUCAACGACUACAUCAAGGAGAACAACGUCCCUGUCAACGCUUUGAUGUCUCAAGGCUACCGUUCGAUCGGUGACUGGCACUCGACUCAGCCUGUCAAGGAAGGCGAGGACGAGAGAGCCGGUCGCUGGAAGGGCCGUGCUAAGACUGAGUGCGGCAUCCACAACAAGAAGAGCCGCUAUGCCAUGUUCUUGCAAGAGCAGGAACAGAAGCGUCAAGACGAACUCAGUCAAGCCAUCCAGUCCGGGCUCAACAUUGAGCAAGUCGUCUAAGUUUUUCUUCUUUUCUUCCAUUUUUUUCGAGUGUUCUUGCGAAUUUAGCAUAGGCGUUGGUCGGAUCAUGAUAGGGCAUAUCGGAGUUUGAUAUUUUAGAAUGGUAUCAAGAUGGCAUUGGGUGGGAAAAUCGAUACCUCAGCAUUGGGAGGUUGAAUACAUCAUGACCCGCGUCUUUCAUAGAAACAAAACUACACAAAUGUGCAAAGGCACUUAGGUAGUCGUCACUGAAAAGUUCUAAAUCCAAUAUCAUGUAAUUGAAACCGAUUUUCAGAACAAAGAAAUAAUUAAUUGUUUGAUGGUCGGACAAGGGCAGACACGACGCUUGGGGAAAACACGACUGACGUACAUCUACACGUUCGCCAAGGUCGUUAGCGGUUUCUGAGGGGCAUGCUAGAGAGGGGUGGAGACGAAUUUUUGUGGGAGAAUCG